CGAUGAUUUGAUUUCAAUUUCAGCGUUGAAGAGUGAGAUAAGGUUGUAGAAUAUUGUGAGUGGAUGGUGGAGAUGGAUUCAGGCGGAAACCCUAACUACACGGUCCCAUCCUCCCCGGUGGUGGAUCCUUCGGCGCCGUCAACAAAUGAUAUUCAUAAUCUGCCGAUGUUCUCAUUAUCUCGGAGGCCGGCCCUGAGAAUUACGACGGAGUUCGAUAGUGAAAGCUCAAUAUUCUUCCAUAAAAUAUCUUGUAAGUUUUUGGACAGCCUUGGCAAGUUGAAGUUAUGUUUCCAUAAUAACAGUAAAGGCGACGUCUCGGAACCUCAGAUCAGCUUGGUAUCCAAGCACCUUAGCCUCCAUUACGACCUCGAAGACCAUAAUGCUCUCAUUAAGAGUUCCAUUGAAGUUGGUCCCAGAUUGCAACUCACAGCCGCUCACGAUGUCAAGGCUCAACAAGGAGAGGUUACCAUGGUUGCAAACGUCGCUGAUCCUGGCUAUGCACUUCAACUAUCAACAGCAGUUCCUUCCGCUGGAUUGCCCAAAGCAACCUUCAGAUUUCCUCUAGGUGAAGUUUCGCUACAAGAGAAAGAGAUGGAAGAGGAGGAGGAGGAGCAACAAGUCAAGAAUUUGUUGUCAGUUAGUGGGAUUCUUAAGGGUCAAUUUUUGAACGGUGUUUGCACUGCCCACUAUAAGGACGACGAUUUGAGAUUAAGAUACCGCUACAAGGACGAAGAAAUGUCAUUUCUUCCAACACUUUCUCUCCCUUCAAAUGCUUUGUCAUUUGCCUUCAAGCGAAGGCUUGGCCCUUCCGACAAAUUAAGUUACUUGUACAACUGUGAUUCCAACUAUUGGAGUGCUGUCUACAAGCAUACUUACGGUGAGGAUUUCAAAUUUAAAGCUGGUUAUGAUUCAGAGGUUCGCCUUGGCUGGGCAUCCCUUUGGGUUGGAGAUGAAGGUGGGAAAGCAAAAACAGCUCCUAUGAAAAUGAAAGUUCAAUUCAUGCUUCAAGUGCCACAAGAUGACAUUAAAUCUUCAGCUUUGAUGUUUCGGAUUAAGAAAAGAUGGGACAUUUAAGGAUAUCCUGGGAAUCUUCCUGCAACUUUUAUGUUAAAAAUGGGUACGUCAAUACUUGUUACCGGGUAGUUUUAUUGUGAUCUUGUUUGUUGUCACGACACUUAAUGCAAUACUGAAUUUGACUGGUCGGUACUUCUCCAAGUCCAGCUAAUUCCUUAGCAUUGUGGCAAAAUUGCGCUGAGUACUGUAAGAUAAUUUUAAAUCCUAAAAAUUUGUAAAGAUAGUUUUCUUCAUUGUAAGUUGGGAAAUUAUAGUUAUCAGAUGAGACAUCUUGAAGUUAGUUAUGCAUCUGGCAAAAGGCCGAGCGACUUCAAAGUUUUUUAUUUUUUUGUCUGAAAA